GAAAAAACGCGCCACGUUUUCCUCCAGCGUAGAAGAAGACGCUUCCCCAUCAACCAUAACACGCAGCAACUGGCGGCAACCAGAAGUCUUCGUAAAGGAUGUCCUGUAAUACCAGUGUCACUCGUGUUCACGUGUCAUCGGUGGGCCAGGCACAGCGGGCUCCAGUCCACCUGAUGCCCUGUGAGAUUGAACACAACGGGCCGGCCCAGGUCUCACAGUUCUUCACUACUACCAUAAAAGACCGCAAAUAUGAGAAGACAGUGUCAUUCAGAGGGCGUGGGCUGAAGGGGCAGGAGCUCAGCUGUCCUCAGGGCUACACUGGCCUGGUGCUGAAAGAGACCAACAAGCCCGGCUCCGACCAAGAGGACAGGACAGUGAAGGUGUCCUCUGUGUUUGAUAAGCUGACUUACUGGAACCUGGAGACUCCUCCAAAUUCUGAUGACACUGUUGUGAUGGCGAUGGAUUGGCCAGAGCUGGCUGAAGCUAUCCAUGGACCAGUAGAAGACUGCUAAAACAAGGCAGGUUGGUUUCACCUCACUGUGUUAGGAAGUGUACAGUGGGCUGGUUACUGGCCACAGCCAGUGAUGAGACUCCAGAAAUACUAACCAGUUUAGUGUUACUUUUGCAGUGCAAUAAGUAACAGGUGUAAUGUUUAUAUUUUUGUAUAUGUUUUUUUAAUUGUGAAAUAAAGAAAAAUACAAGACAAA